UUCAAAUUUACACCGGAACAAUUUUUAAUAAAAGAAAUAGAAAAGUAUUAAAGUCAAGCUUCCUUAAAUGUUUCAGCCUCAUUGGUGGUAAUUCUGUGUUUGGAUCAGACCACCUCAGACCUUUUCAAGGGGUCGUGAGCUCAUCGUCGCCGUGACAAAACACUCCACAUAAACCCACGGCGCGAUCACGCAGACCCUUUUUUUUCCUGAAGAGCAGCAGUCUCGUCCAGAAUCGCGCACAGACGCGCUUUCUCCACAGUAGGACGGAGCUGCUGGGGUUUUUCAUUACAUGCGCAGUCCUGUCCUGAAUCACUCAUCACCACGGCAACCUGCUUUCACAUCCACAGCCGGUCAGCAUCCUCUCCCGGACCAGGAGCUCCUCGCUGACACACAGACCACUGAGCGUUUUACAUUUGGAUAGAAACACACUGAGUCAAGUUGACCUGAGCUGUCUCUCACUGCUGCUUAAAUCUGUUGGGGCCAUUUAAGGCAGCUGAGCAGCCAUGGUGAAGCUGGGCAGUAAUCUAUCCGAUAAGCUGGAGAAGCAGCCAUCUGCAGAUGAUGGCUUUGAUAACGUCCCCCUCAUCACACCCCUGGAGGUCAGCCAGCUUCAGCAGCCACUGGCAGACAAGGUCACCGUAAAGACAAAAACACAGUUUCAGCUGAAGCGGCAGCAGAGGAACAGGCUCUACGUUCCCAACAUUAAAAAGCUCAAUAUAAAUUUCUACAAUGAUGUCUCAGAUAAAGUCAAGAUCACAGGUCUGAUCUUGAUCACGCUGGCCUUUCUGACCAGCCUGCUCCUUCUGCUUAUGUACAAAGCUAUGUGGUACGACCAGCUUACUUGUCCAGAGGGUUUUGUCCUGAAGCAGAAGCACUGUACCCCUGCAGCUCUGGAGAUGUAUUACACCGAGCAGCAGGAGGAUCCAGGGGCCCGCAGCAGCACCAACACUGGGCUGUAUGCAGCUCUCAGCCGCCUCAACCAGGUCAAAGGGUCUGGCACCGGGUUGAUGUCACAGUGGUUACCAGUAAUCAGACAAGGGGCAGAGGACGCCAAAGAAAGAGACGAGCCUCUAAAAGAAGAGCUAGAAGGAGAAAAAUAAAGGAUUUAGUGAAAAAAAAGUUGAAACAACAGAAGAUGGUAGUGUGAAUGUGUAUAUGUGUAUGCAUGUAUUUAUACUUGUUUCUAGAGCUAUCGGGGACCAUAAACUAACAGAAGACCAACUUAAAGGGAAUCUUAGUUGAAGAUCACAUAGAUAUAUCCAAGGGGGAUAUCUUUAUCUGAAAUAUCAAAAAAGAGAGAAAAAACGAAUUAGAGAUAGGUCUGUAGUUGUGUUUUGUGUGAAUAUUCCAAGCCUUUUCAUCUAGAUAGAGUAUUCACUCUGCAACAUAGAUUAAUGCAAUGGGGCUCACUUUUAGAAUGACACUAGAUCUUAAUAAAAAUAAAA